ACAUAUCCAAAAUCAUUCCCCCACAUUCAGAAUGGAAUUUAAUCCAAAGUAUUUAAUUUGCCUUAUCCGUCCGUAGACCCUAAUACUCUUAAUAUAACCAAGUCCUCUUUCCCUCUUCUCCGAUAUCUCUACCCUAUCUUCUCUUCCUAUUACAGGUUGAUGACAAUGUUACCACUUACCCUCCACACCCCACUCUCUGGCGUUAGGAUAUCGUCCGUGGUGCCGGCGGAGAAGACUGGCGACGAUGACGCAGACCAUCCAAUCACAAAUAUGGGGUUGGCCUUGAAGCUCCACUACAUUAGAGGUGUAUACUUUUUCUCAGCUGAAGCAGUUGAAGGUCUCACCAUUUAUGACUUGAAGAAGCCAAUGUUUCCCUGGCUAGCUCUCUUCUACACCGCCUCAGGGAGGAUUCGGAGAUCUGAAACAGGCAGACCUUUCAUCAAGUGUAACGAUGGGGGUGUACGGAUUGUUGAAGCACACUGUGAGAAAACCAUAGAAGAGUUGCUGCUGGCAAGGAAUAAUGAUCAUCAUUUUUCUGUGGAUAGCUUUCUUGCUCAUGAUCAAGUUCUGGGCCCUGAUUUAGGAUUCUCUCCCCUCGUCUAUAUUCAGUUCACUUGGUUCAAGUGUGGAGGCAUGUCUGUGGGACUCAGCUGGGCUCAUGUUCUUGGGGAUCCAUUCUCAGCUUCAACCUUCAUCAACAUGUGGGGCCAAUCCAUGAAAGGUCAUGUGCCAUCCAAGUCUCUGCCCCUGCCGCGCCCCAAGAAACCUGAGUUCCCACUUUCAACUAUCAUCAAGGAACCAUUUUCCCUAAAACGGGUCGAUCCAGUUGGGGACUACUGGCUAACUACCAAUAACUGUAAAAUGGAAACUCACUAUUUCCAUUUCACCGGAAAACAGCUAGACGACAUAGUAUCAAACAUUUCCAGUCUAGUCCAGCCGGUAAAGAUCUCGCACUUCGAAGUCAUCUCUGCAAUGAUAUGGAAAUCUUUAUCCAAAGUCAGGGGAGAUUCAGGACCAAGAAUUGUGACAUUUUGUACAAGAAUUUCUCGCACUAGUGAAACGGAUGAGAAUGAAGUUCCAAGCAACAAGAUAGUGUUUAGCAUUGCUAGAACAGAUAUCAACCCGGCGAAAGGCGAUUUACAAGAAUUGGCAGCAUUGAUUGCAGAGAAACAAGAAGAGGAAAAUAGUCUGAUUGAAGAAACAAUUGAGAGUGGCAAGGGAGAGUAUAUGGUAUAUGGAACAAAUUUGACAUUUGUGAAUUUGGAACAAGCAGAUAUUUAUGGGCUGGAAUUGAAAGGACAUAAACCUGUUUUUGCAUAUUAUACCAUCAAAGGCGUUGGUGAUGAAGGAGCUGUUCUUGUGCUUCCUAGGAAGGGUAACGGCAGCGACAAGAGAGGUGCUGGUAGGACAGUUAAUGUGAUUCUGCCGGAGAAUCAACUUGCAGGUCUAAAGAAUGAGCUCAGGAAAGAAUGGGGUAUCGUCUAAUGAAACAAGGUCACAGCUUUGGUUUGUAGCAAAAGUGUUCCAUGGGUAUAAUAAAGUGUAAAACUAGUGCCAAAAUUCCCAUUUCCAAGCAAAUGGGGCAUAAAAGAUUUAGCUGCGAUUAUUUGUUAGUGAUAACUGAUGAUAUUAUGAUGUCGAAAAUAUUAGUUUAUCAUAUUACUCGUUACAAGUUUAUUUUAA